AUGAACUUUGAGGAUGUGGCCAUUGUCUUCUCUGAGGAGGAGUGGGGGCUCCUUGAUGAGGCUCAGAGACUUCUCUACUGCAAUGUGAUGCUGGAAGUGUUUGCACUUGUCUCAUCUGCAGGUUGUUGGCAUAAAAUGGAUGAUGAGGAGGCCUGUCCUGAGCAGAGUGUAUGUGUACAAGGAGAGUCACAGGUCAGGGCGUCUAAGACAGAGCCAGCAACCCAGAGGACCCAUCUGUGUAAGCGGUGUUUCUCUGUGUUCAAAGAUAUUCUGCUCCUGACUGAGUCACAGGCAGCAUACUUUGAGCAAAAAGCCUCCUUAAGUGAUGAAUGGGUGAGAGACUUCUGUUUCAGUGCAAACCCUCGCCAACAACAGAGGGGAGCCAGUGGAGAGAAGCCCUGGAAAGAAGCUCUGGACAGGGCCUCGUUUGUGACCAGGUGCAGCUGCUACAUAUCAGGGCUGCCUUCAUCCAGUAGGGAGGUUGGGGAAGACUUGCCAGCCAUCUCAGAGCUUCUCCAGCCCCAGGCCCCUCACGACACUGAGGAGCCACACAUUGGCAGUGAGAUUUCCCGUAAACUUCUCAGUGGAAAUCGUCAUAACCAGUGGGGUCAAUGUGAAAAUACUGCCAGCCACAACCAGAAUGUUAUUCAACAGAACGACUGCUUUAGGGAAGUAAAAUAUGAAUGUAACAAAUAUGGAAAUAUUUUUAGAGGAAUCUCUAGGCUCAUUCGACAUAGGAAAGUUCACACUGGAGAAAAGCCAUAUGACUGUAGUGACUGUGGGAAGGCCUUCAGAUAUAAGAGUAACCUCCAUCGACACCACAGACUUCACACUGGAGAAAAGCCCUAUUUGUGUAGUGAUUGUGGGAAGUCAUUCAGGUAUAUCUCUGUUCUUAAUCAGCACCAGAGAGUUCACACUGGGGAAAAGCCAUAUGAGUGUACAGAUUGUGGCAAGGCUUUCAGUCAUAGGUACAACCUCACUGAACACCAGAGAGUUCACACUGGAGAAAAACCUUAUGAGUGUAGUGAAUGUGGGAAAUCUUUUAGAUGUCAUGGUCACCUUUUUACGCACAGGAGAAUUCACACUGGAGUAAAACCUUAUGAGUGUAGUGAAUGUGGGCAGUCCUUCAGAGAAAGGAGUACGCUUACUAAGCACCAGAGAGUUCACACUGGAGAAAAACCUUAUGAGUGUAGUGAAUGUGGGCAGUCCUUCAGAGAAAGCAGUACGCUUACUAAGCACCAGAGAGUUCACACUGGAGAAAAACCUUAUGAGUGUAGUGAAUGUGGACAGUCCUUCAGAGGAAGGCAUGCCCUCACUGAACACCAGAGAAUUCAUACUGGAGAAAAACCUUAUGAAUGCAGUGAAUGUGGGAAAUAUUUUAGAUGCUAUAGUCACCUUUUUAACCACAAGAGAGUUCACACAGGAGAAAGGCCUCAUGAGUGUAGUGAAUGUGGAAAACGUUUUAGCCAAAAAUAUCACCUCCUUAGACACCUGAUUGUUCAUAAUAGAGAAAAGCUUUAA